UGCUAUCAUUGAUGGGCCUUUUCGGAGUUAAAGAUGGGUAAAAUGCAAGUCCAAGGCAGGAUCCGGCGUGUUAGUUAGCGACUGUCUCUUGCAUCCAGCGCACAGCCUUGCGGUAUUGCGCCCUUGAGACAUCCUUCAAUGUUGCGUCACAGAUCAUUUAGUUUUUUUAUACUUUCGAAUCUGACGUUGAGCCCAUCCUGCGAGACACAAUGCCACCUCAAUGUGACAUUUUACCCCGUUCUGUCCACUGGUGCCAGUCUCAUGGUACGCAUUUCUUGUUGUGUUUCCGGCAUCUCGCCAACUUCACCUAUUACCGCAAAAUGUUCACGACAUUCUGGAAGACGAUUGCAAUGCGUUCAUUGAAGAAUUCCUGACCCUUCAUUACGCAAGACGUACCUUCCUU